AUGCUUUUCCUCCCAGCUGCUGCUCUGUGCUGUCUGUGUUCAGCCCUGGUUGCCAUGGCAGCAGAUCUGACCCAGGACCAGUUAACAUUGACCAGGAGAGUUGGUCAAACAGUCUCAUUCAGAUGUGAAGGAAUUGAACAGUGUAAUCAUGAUUAUAUAGACUGGUUCCAGAAAAAAGAAACAGAAACAUUCAGAUGGAUUUUUGGUAUUAAAAAAGAGAAUGGUGAAAUUUAUAAAUAUUCCAAUCAUCCUCAGAAAGAUGAUUUCUCAGCUGUGAAUAAAGAGAACCUUUGGGAGUUGGAGAUAAAGAAAGUUAAAGUCGAUCAUUCAGCCUCCUACUACUGCGCCUGUUGGAAAGAGAGCUACCUCAUCUUUGGCUCUGGAACUAAACUGUAUGUAACAGAUGAGCAGGUAGUGAAGCCCGUGGUGAUCGUGUACCCAGCAGCAUCCAGAGCCCACCUGGAGGGGAAGAGCUCUCUGCUGUGUCUGGCCUCACACAUGUUUCCUCCUGAGGUCAAGUUCUCCUGGAAAAGACAGAAGGAGGGCGGCUCUCUGGAGGAGCUGACCCCUGCUGAGGGAGAGCAGCUGGAGCUCAGAGAGUCGGGACGCAGAGCCUCCAUCAGGCUGGUGGAUAGAAAUGAUUACUACACAUAUAAAUACACCUGCUCCGUCGAGCACGAGGGAGGCACAGUGGAGGACACAGUGGAAGAAAGAGAGGAGGACAGAGUGGAGGCCCAAGCACUACAAGAGGUUCCAGCUCCAGCAGCCUCCUGUCCUCCAGAGAGAGAGCCAGCAGACCUGGCAGCUCUGCAGCAACAUCACUUGUCCUUCCAGUCUCAGUGCAGGGUGAAGCUGCUCUGUCUGCAGUACACAGUGCUGAUAGUGAAGAGUCUGGUGUACUGCUGUGGACUCUCUCUGCUGAUGAGCCUCAGAAACAAGGGACCGUCCACCAGCUCCACACAUGCUGACUGACUGUUUUCUGCUCCUCUUUUCUCUCCAUCACAUCUCAUCACUUCAUCUCAUUCAUCACUUUGAUCAGUCUUCAGAAAUGUUGUUGAAAUGUUCUUCU